AUGGCCGCGCCCGGCCAGCCAAACCCCCAGCAAAUGGCGGCCAUGCAGCAACAGUUCGCUGCCGAAGCCGCCAAACGAGGAUUGACCCCUGAGCAAUUCGCUCAGAAGCAACGCGAACAGCUCACAGCCGACGCAGCGAAGCUCGGUCUAUCUCCCGAACAAUACGUCCAACAGUUGCGAAUGCGGGCGAUGCAGGCGCAUCAGAAACAGAUGGAAGCACAACAACAAGGCCAAGCUUCUCCGCAGGGAGAGGGACAACAACAGCAGCAGCAGGAGGGCCAGCAAAACCAACACGCACAACAAUCCGCGCCUCAGCAACAAGUUCAGCAACAGACACACCAGGUUCCCGUUCAGCCAGGUCAGCCCGCGGAUCCCAAGGCCCUAGCCGUGGCCAACUUUUUGCGGUCGCAGAACCUGAAGCCGCGAACAUGUAUUCUGGAUGGACAGCGCAAGGAUAUGUUUAAAGUGAAGCGUGCAAUCCGCGCCAUCGAAUCCCCCGCAUACGCCAAAGCUGCCGGAAAGAAGAACUCCCUCCUCCCACCCGUGACCGAUCGCGCCUCAGCCGAGAACGUCUUCAAGCUCCUCCCACUCUCCCUCCUCGCCCUCCGCGUAAGCAAGGUCGACCCGCAUGCAGGCCACAACCACGCCAAGCCCAAGAAUCGCACAAAGGGUCUGUGGACCGUGAAAAUUGAGCAACACCAGGAGACAGGACCGCUGAUGCACUACGUCUGGCUAUAUGAGGGACCGCAGUGGAAGCAGCGGGCCCUGGCCGCCGCUGUGGUAGCCGGUAUAUUUGCGGUUGUGUUGUUCCCUCUGUGGCCGAUGGUCAUGCGGCAGGGUGUGUGGUAUCUUAGUGUCGGCAUGAUGGGAUUACUGGGACUCUUCUUUGCCAUGUCUAUCUUCCGUUUGAUCUUGUUCUGCGUCACUGUCUUCACUGUCGCGCCUGGUCUUUGGCUCUUCCCGAACUUGUUCGAGGAUGUUGGCUUUUUCGACAGCUUCAAGCCUUUGUGGGGCUGGCAAGAGAACAAGAAGAAAAAGAGCAAGAAGGCCAAAUCAGAAGACGCCUCAGCGGUGGAACCCACCCCCUCAGCCAGCAGCACAUCCGCCGAGCCAGCAUCCUCAUCGACGCCCGUGAAGCGAGAUCUCACCGCGCGCGUCGAGGAGGUUGAGGAGUAA